UACCAGUCAGGAAAGUGACCGGCGGGCUGGCAGGAACCCGGAAGCGCUUUCUCUUCCUGCUGACGCCUCACGCGCCACCUCAGCCGGAGAAUCUAGGCGGUCUCGGAGACCCCCUGUUUUGUUUCUGUCUCGGCGGCGCAUGUUCUGUCGUUGUCUCUCCUCGGCUACCGCGAUUGGGCUUCGAUCACCGGCUGCUCGCCUUGGGCCUCUUGCCGUCCCUUCUUCCUCUUCUCUUCGACGCCUGUCGCGCCUCAUGAAGCCGGUCGUUGUGUUCGUUCUUGGCGGGCCUGGCGCCGGCAAAGGGACUCAGUGUUCUCGCAUUGUGGCGAAAUAUGGUUAUACCCACCUUUCUGCAGGCGACCUCCUUCGAGAUGAGAGGAAGAGACCAGGCUCUCAGUAUGGAGAGCUCAUUGAUAGCUAUAUUAAAGAGGGGAAAAUUGUACCUGUUGAAAUAACAAUCAGUUUGCUAAAGAGGGUUAUGGAUGAAACUAUGGCGGGAAAUGCACAGAAGAAUAAAUUCUUAAUUGAUGGAUUUCCCAGGAAUGAAGAUAACCUUCAGGGCUGGAACAAAACAAUGAAUGGAAAAGCAGAUGUAUCUUUUGUUCUUUUUUUUGACUGCAAUAAUGAGAUCUGUAUUAAUCGCUGCCUUGAAAGAGGGAAAAGCAGUGGCAGAAGUGAUGACAACAGAGAAAGUUUGGAGAAGAGAAUUCAUACAUAUCUAGAAUCUACAAAGCCCAUAAUAGACUUAUAUGAGAAAAUGGGCAAAGUCAGGAAAGUGGAUGCCUCCAAAUCUGUUGAUGAAGUUUUUGCUAAAGUUGUGAGCAUCUUUGAUAAAGAAGGCUAGUUCUCUACUUGAACCUUUUUCAAGCAUGCUUGAAUCUUGCUUUAAGAGCUGCUACUAUAGUCCAUUUUUGUAAUGACUAUAAAAUAUGCCUUUUUAAAUAACUUGUGUAAAUGGUUAAUUAUUUGAAAACAUGGCUUAAACUUUGACUUGCAAAUGGCCUGCUGUUAAAGGUAUGUACAUCUGAACUGAACCGAACAAAGAACCCAAAUUCUAGAACAAAGCUAAUACUCAAAUGGUAUUUCCAAGAAGCAUCUGGUUAUCCUUUCAUUGGUAGCAGUACUUCAGUUCUUUUCCUAUUGCUGGAAGCCAUGUUGUUUUUAGAAUCCCACAAACACAGAAAUUGUAAAUAUAAUAGAAAGGACCCAUUAUUAUUUGUUUCCUCUAGUUUUGGACCAAAUGUAGGAAAAUUGUGUGGUUUUUUUUUACUUACAAAAAGAUUAUUUUGAAUGACCAGCAGUUUUUGAAAAAUAAAAAAAGCUUUAAGUAUGCCAUUUUACUUGAGUACUUUUUGCUUCUUUAGUUAUUAGAAUGCAAAUUGGUUGAAAUAUACACAAAAUUACUUAAAUUAAGCAACAAACCUUAUGACGUUCUCGACUAUUAAACACAAUAGGUGUCCCAUUGAUUUUACACAUUGUCUUUCACAUAUACGAGGUCUCUGAAAAUGGAGCCAUUCAGUAUGGUUAAUACCUGUGUCAGUAUAAUCUGGCUCCUUUCUCAAAGGGGAUGAGAAGCUCUUGCACAUGAGGAUUUUGGGCUAUGACCAUUUUGUUCAGAACUGAAGUGUCAGAUUACAAGGGCACCAUAUUUUCAAGUAAUAAAGGCCCUUGCAAUAUUUUCAAAGACCAAAUGGUAAUUAAGUUUCAAAAUACUGCUAUGCUUGUCUGAGAGCAACUAUGACAUCUUUUUAUCAUCUGUCAUGAUUUUCUUGUAAUGGUUUUUAAGCGAAUUGCUUAUUUAUUCAGUGAUCUAAAGGAUAGGAAGGACAGGAAUAUAUUAAUUAUUAAUGUUUGCCCCCUCCCCCAAGAAAAUAGCGUAACUUGAAUAACAGUAAUUUAAUUAUACUUUUGAUAUGGUUUGAUCAGUGUAAAAACACAUUUGUUAAAAUUAAUUAGCCGUAUUAGAUCUAUAUUGUGAUGCUUAAAUACAUUGUGGUGCCUGUGGCAGCAAUAAAUACUUAAUAAACAGAUGAUUGGGUGGAACAUGUUCUAAGGUGUGUUUGCACAACCAUUCUAAUCACACUUUUGAAGCAAAAAAAAACAUUCUACAGAAAAAGGGGUUGCUACAUAGAUUUGUUUGAAGAUCAUUAUUUUUAUGCUUAAGAAAUCUAUCAGAGAGGACCUGGAAAGUUGAUAUGUGCUUAUUACCCAUUAAUAUUUUUGGUAGUGGUGUUGGGUGAACUGCCAUUUGAACUGACUAUGUUUACAGUUAUGAGUGAUUCUUCUUAUUUAUGUGCAUAUCACAUAUGAAAGUUGCAUUGUUAGUGAUUUCUUUUGUCUUUAAAAUGUAAUCAAGGCUCUGUGAUUGACUUUACACAGGUGAAUAACUGGAUUAGUGGUUUUCUCAGCAGCAGAAAUGUAUACAUGAAAACAUAAUUCCUGAAAUAAAAUCUUUGAUUAAAAAUGCAAAGUAUUACAAAAUUAGUACAAAACAUAUCAGAAAAUUGUUGAAAGGUGCUGCAGCUUAAUUUUAACAGUUGAUAAAAACAUAGAAAUUUUUAAAGAUGUGAAUAAAUGAUCACACAGUUUGAUUCUAGAGCAGUAGAUCUCUGGUUUUCUAUCCAUUUGUCUGCCAUGGAAUCUCUGUCCAGUGUUCAGAAUUCUAGGGCACCUUCAAUAAGGAAGGUCUGUCUGGACCUAAUUCCAUGUAACCAUGGUACAACCUUGUCCAUGCCUUGUAAGACAGAUUGCUGAUGACAGGCAAGCUGUCUUUUGGGGAUGGUUAUCCGCUGUUGCCGUUCUUGUUGAGGAACCCCUAUUAAGCUAGGAGUGCAGUUUGAAAGCCGCUGUUCUAGACAAUGAAUUGACAUUCGCCUCUGGUUCUACAUUAAUAAUAAAAAACACUCUUUGCUAUUAGUACAGCCAAUUUAUAUUUGACAGUUUGAGAAAUCUACCCUUCUCCCUUAUUGCUGUGUGACCGGCAGACUGAAUGAUUUGGUUAUACCUUAGAUUUCUUCUUACAGCCUCAAGAGACGCACUGAGAAGUAGGGCAUUUCAGGACUAUUGGGAGUUGACAUAGUAGGUUUCAGGAGGCUAGACCUUCUUUCUUCCUCCCGAUAGGCGGCUAUCAACUUCAGUCAAGUGAGAAACUGAGCUAGUUUCUCCGACAGUGCUGACAGAGAAGCUGCUGGUGAGGGAGAAGAACUAGUGAUAUAAGACAAAGGAGAAAUAAAGGUAUUAGGAGACCACGGAGGAAGAAAGGCAAGAAAAUCAAUGUUUACUUUGAUUGGUAAAAAGUCCUUUUGCCUUGGAUAAAAAAAGUCAGUGGGGAAACUUAGAAUUUUUUUAUUAUUCAUCUGCUCCCGUGCACAGAAAGUGAUGGUAUUCUAAUGUUGAAUGUCUCUGGCCCCUUUCGCACAUGCAGAAUAAUGCACUUUCAAUCCACUUUCAAUGCACUUUGCAGCUGAAUUUUACUGUGCGGAACAGCAAAAUCCACUUGCAAACAAUUGUAAAAGUGAAUUGAAUGUGCAUUAUUCUGCAUGUGCGGAAGGGGCCAAUGUAUAUCAUGGAACCCUAGUGGUGUGUUUUCCUUUUAAACAGGAAAAUAAUUUAACAUGGGUGAGUCAGAGCUGGAGUACAGUGGGAGAAAUUAAAAAAAUUUUUUUUGUCACCUUCUAUAUCUGCAUUCAAGUUGCCUCCACCCAUUCCAACAGGAUUCUAGAUGCAUUAUUUGUAAAAGUAAACUCUUGUUUGGAAGAAAUGUUGCUGGGUUAGUGAUGGACAAGGGAAGCAGCUGCAGCAAAAAGCUUAAGCAUUCCCCACUGAUAUUUCUUUGUUCUGACUCACCCCUUACUGAAGCAGCUCUUAAUUGUUUUUGUAAAAGCCUGCACAUCUCAGCGUGAAAUAACUAACUAGAUCCUAGGGGUCAUAAAUAAAAUCCUGUGUCUUCUCCCAUGCAGAAGACACAAUCCAACUGUAAAACUCAAAGCCAUGUAAUGCCUUUUAUUAUAUCGCAUAUUUAUAUAUAUACCUUCUCUAAAAGGUAUUACGUGAUUUUGAGUUGGGAUUUUUUCUGGGACCAACUUUUUGAAAUCCAGUUGUAGGGGCAUCUUUUCCAUGCGAGCAAGAGGCAAAAGAAUUCCAAGGUAUGAUGUUGAGGCCUGGAUCUAAAGAGGCUUGUAUACAUGCGUGGGGUGGGGUGGCAGGGUUGUAAAGCAUUAUAGCGCAUUGUGUGAACAUUAUAGUCCUUGUGUGAACUUGUUUGGAUCCUGGCUUCAACCUUUCACCAUUCUGCAGCCACCUUCCUGAUGUUGGAAGCAUUGGUUACACUGUGCUGAGGAACUCAGAAUCAUGGACACUGAUCCCACUUGUAUGGUUCUAAAUAGUCUAACCUUGUAACAAGUGGAACAGAGGCAUUAUCAGUAAAACUUCUUAGAAUAUUUUUUCAUGAAACUCGCCAUUAGAAAAAAGUUCUCCUUGUAGUGAUAGUAACAUAAUAUUGUUUGGCUUUUAAGCUAUUAGUAGGAAUAAAUGUAUAUUACUUUCUUCAAUCCCAAUGGAAGUUGGCUCAGGGGUGAAUCAACCUUCCAUCCUCCAAGGUCAGUAAAAUGAGUACCCAGCUUGCUGGGGGUAAAGUGGAGACGACUGGGGAAGGCAACGGCAAACUGUCUGGUGAAACAAAGUCUGCCUAGUAAACGUGAUAUGUCAGAUCCAGAGCUUGCAUAAGGGACUACCUUUACCUUUUUGUUGUACUUUCUUACUAUGUACUGCAAAAUGAAACAAGGCAAACAACUUAAUAAAAAUGUUGCCAGUAUUGAAUCUGGGGGUUAAUCAUGCUCUGAACAACUUGAAAUGAUUCAUUUUUAAUAACUUAUUGAUUUCUUAAGUGCUAUGUCUUCUCCUGUGUUCUUUGUCUCCUCCCCCAUUUUAAGCAGUCAGUAGACCAAUGUAUAAUUCUGUGUAGCUGCCAAUUGUAUAAUGCUUCAAAAUGUUCACAAAUAAACCUUUGUUUGAAAACAA